CGAAAUGGCUUCACCUGUGUUCAAACACCUCCUGUUUUCAGGUCUGGUGGUAUUCGUGAUCUUCAUUUCCAUUCCCAGUCAGAUUUUUCCUCUGAAAAAAGGGCUUACAUCGGAAACAAGCUCUUCGUUUUCACCCAGGAUUAAUGAUUACUCUUCACAACCAAACUACCCUCCGACCAAUCUCAGCCACCUUGUGUUCGGGCUUCUGGGCUCUGAAAAGGCGUGGCAUCAUAGAAAAGCAUACAUAGAAUCCUGGUGGAGACCGAAUGCCACUCGUGGGUUUCUAUAUUUAGACAAAGCCCCGACAGGCGACCUCCUGCCCUGGUCCAAUGCCUCCCCGCCUUACAGAGUUUCUGAUAACCUGACGGAGUUCUUGCGAGAGACCGACGCCCUAGCGCCUGUAAUGAUCCGUAUGGUCCAUGGAAUAAUGGAGGUGUUCAGAGAGGCAGACAACGAGAACCUGAGAUGGGUUGUAAUGGGAGACGACGACUCUGUGUUUUUCGUGGAUAACAUAGUAGAUGUUCUUGGACAGUAUGAUCACACAAAGUACUACUAUCUUGGCGGGCAGUCGGAGUUUAUAAUGUCGAAUUACUGGUUUUCAUUCAACCAGGGAUUUGGAGGAGCUGGAUUCAUGCUGAGUUACCCUCUGGCCAAAGCCCUGUCUAAAGACAUGGAAAGCUGUCUCCGGAGAUAUGCUAAGUGGGGAUCUGCUGAUCAGAUAACAAUGGUUUGCAUUGCUGAUAUUGGAGUCAAUCUAUCUCCUCAGAAGGGCAUUCACCAGAUUGAUUUACGCGGCGAUAUCUCAGGAUUCUUAUCAUCCCACCCGAAAUUCCCACUAAUAUCCCUCCACCAUUUCGACGGGGUGGAACCGAUAUUUCCCAGCAUGGACCGUUAUGAGUCCACUCGCCACCUCAUGAGGGCGGCCGCCGACGACCAGUCCCGCAUGUUGCAGCAAACCAUCUGCCAUCACAGGCAAAGCAGCUGGUCCUUCUCCGUUUCUUGGGGCUACUCCGUACACAUAUACGAGAAGAUCAUGCCCAGGAGUUAUCUGCAGAUGCCCAUCGAAACCUUCAAAACCUGGUCCAGCACCCCAAGGCCGCGCCCACAUUACAUGUUCAAUACGAGGUUGCCUUCCAAUGAUUCUUGCGAAGCUCCCCAUGUUUUCUUCUUCCAGAGAGUGGAGAAGUCCUCGACGGGGAUUCUCACCACCUAUUCUCGGGCAGCGCCGCGCGGGCUGCCGCCGUGUGGUAACCAUACGGCGGAUUUGCUCUCCGAGAUUCACGUGUUUUCACCGUCGACCAAGCGGAAGGAGAUGGAUCGAUGCGAAUGCUGCGACAUUGUUGGUGUUGGUGGCGGCAAGGCAGAGCUCAAAUUUAGGGAAUGCAUCAUCAAUGAGAUUAUUGCUUAACCAUUUUUCUAGUAUAUAAAUUAAAAUUCUAUUAUACCCAA